UGAUCUCCAGACCGGAAGCGUCGCGCUGAGCCGGAAGUCAGAGAAUCGUUGCGUUUUCAGGAGCAAGUCGUGAUCAGGGACAAAACUAAAUCUGAAACAAUGGAGGACAUGGACAUAUCUGAUACACAGUGGGGCUGGUUUUAUUUAGCAGAGUGUGGCAAGUGGCAUAUGUUUGAGACCAGCACUAGCACACAUUGCUCAGUCAGCAGUGAUCAAAUUGAGCAGCUGUAUAAAACGAAUCCCCAUGGAACGCUCCAUUUUACUACUGCAAAGUUUAACUAUAGUCUCAAUUUUACAGAGAUGACCCAGACCAACCUGUGUACCGGGAAAAAAAGGCCACUCAAAAGAGCUCCGUUUUCUCUCACAGCAUUCAGCUAUAUAUGUGACAAUGGUUCUAUUCCGCUACCAUCGCACUGGGAGCAUGUAAAUGAUUCACAACCCUACCAGCUUGUUCCAUUACUCAGUGUUUCUAACGAAUACAGUGAAGUUGUUGGCCGAUUCGGGAAGACCUUGGAUAGGAGCUGCAUUAUAAGUGUUCAUAGGGUUCAGAACCUUGAUUUGUGGGAAUUUUACUGCAGGAAAAAAGCUCAGUUAAAGAAUAAAAAAGGAGUCUCUGAAAUAAACGAAGAAAUGCUGUUUCAUGGCACUGACACGGCAUUUGUAGAUGCGAUAUGCAUUCAUAAUUUUGACUGGAGGAUAAAUGGAAUGCACGCUGCUGCGUAUGGAAAAGGGACAUAUUUUGCAAGGGAUGCAUCAUUAUCAAGCCAGUUUUGCAAAAACAAUGGAAAACACGGAGAUACACUGCAAAACCACGGUAUCGACUUAAACAAGUGUUCUUUAUGGACGAGAAAAUGUAUGUUCCUAGCUAGAGUGCUUGUUGGAGACUGUGCAGUUGGGAACUCAAAGUACAUUCGUCCUCCUUCAAAAGACGGUACAUUGGUAAACUUAUAUGACAGCUGUGUGGAUGACCCAGUCUGUCCCCGCAUUUACGUCAUAUUUGACUCCACUCAGAUAUACCCAGAGUACGUCAUACAAUUUGCUUAGGUGAUAUCUGCAGCAACCGCGUUACCGACAAGUCAAUUGCACUCGUUUUAAGUUUGAAAACUUCACUGACUAAACCACUUCAUUUCAUGGACAAAAAAGACUUCCAUCGGUUCCAGUUAUAUUGUUGACUAUUUCAUUUUGGUGACUGGUUCACCAGUUACAACAUGGUUUGUAGCUUAUUUUAUUUCAUCUGAAUGCUGCUAUGGUGAAUACCCCUAACACCACAUACUGUAAUCCCAUAAAGCAUCAUUGCAAACUGGCAACAAACAAGGGCACCUACUCUAGGCCACAAACUAUAUUGCAUCUCACUGCCAAGCAAGUCAUCUGAGUGUGGACUGGCCAAACAGGAGGAUAUUCACACUCCUCUCAAACAUAACCCACCCAUGAAUUGCUCACUCGUUUGCUGGAGACAUUAGAGGAACACCAUAGAUGGGUAGAAGAUGCUUAAAGGGGACCCGUCACCCAAAAAAAAUAUUCAAAAUCCUAUUUUAUCACAUUAGUCAAGCAAAAUGAACUUUAAUUACACUAUAUAAAUUAUUUUAAUCUUGUUUCCUUCAGUCUGGGAAUUCAAAAUGAUAGCAAGCAUGCAGCAGCCAUUUUGUGGCCACUGUUAUUAAGACAAGCCUUGUAUCAUCUCAGAAUCUUGUUUGUGCACCAGAAUGGGACCCGAUGUCCAUUUCUAUGCACUGGCUACACAUUUUAAUGUUAAAGAGAACAGGGGAAUGUGGGGAGAACAGUGACAUCUAGGAAGUGCUGAAUGGAAAGUGAAAGUAAUUGCCUAAGGCAUAGAGGAGGGGCAGACAAUAUUUGAUUGACAGCUGAGAUUUUUAAAUGAGCUUACAACGGCCAUGAAUGCUUUAAUAAAAAAUAUAAAUUGGAUUUCAUGUUUAAUUUGAAAAGGACUUUUAUUAUACAGAUUUUUGUGUCUGGGUGACAGGUCCACUUUAAAUCAUUGAGAAAGAAUUGAUGGAAUAAAUAAAGGAAAACUGAAGCAAAAUUAAAAUUGGAGAGUGUUGGAAAGGGAAAGGAAGAGAGAGAAUCUAACCUUGUGCAGAGAAGGUACGGGUAAUGUAACAAUGUAUAGCAGAAGUUGGAGAGAGAACUGGUGUUGUAUGGUAUGGGGUUGGAAAAAUGGAGAGGGAGAGUGGAAAUGGGAUGAAAGAAAAAGAUAAACGUGAAACAAAAUUAAAA